ACUGGUGUUCCCCUGGGGACUCUAUAUAUACCAGGGACCACUCCAGGCACCUAUUGUUCCUCUAAGUAAACUUACAGACAGAUGCCCUGCACCACAGUGUGGGAGAGAGCCCAAAGAGUCAGGAGGAGGGAGAUAGUUUUAGUGAUUGCAGAGAGCAACCAGACUAUAAGGACCUGGAAACACUGCAGGCUAGCCUCAUCUCCAGCACCUCUGCAUCCUCUUCAGUCGUUCCUUGUGUCUGCUGCCUGUCUGCUUGUUGUCACUGUGGAGUGGAGGUCUGAUGUUCUGACACCAUGCUGCUGCUGAUAUCACUGCUGCUCAUGGGACUCGACUGCUUGCUAGGAGCCCCGACAGGUCGAGAGGUCUACAGGAUGCCCCAGAGUGCGCUCAAAGCUCUGUCAGAUCGUGGCACUGUGGUUCUAGAGGCAGCCAUGACUAGUGCCCUGUCCGCUCUUGAGCGUGCAUCAUCUGAGAGGAGUCGGGCUGAAGCAGGUUGCCGGGGCUGUGUUCCUUGUUUGUUUCAGGACUGUGGACAGUUGACUGGCUCUUGCUCGUCUCCUGCCACUGCCUUAUCAGAGCCUAGCUGUGAUGUCAUCAGUAAGGCCCAGAAGGUUCAAGCUGAAGCUGAGCGGAGUUGGGCUCUGAGUCAGGCCUGUGCAUACUAUCAGCAUCGCUGCCCACCUGGUGAACUGGACAAGGAGAGCUGCAUCAGGAUCAUGGGUGAGAGUUGCAGCGCCCGUGUCCUCCAGUGCAGCCUGCUUAACACAAUGCAGAACCUGGAACCUGCUACACAGACGCAUGCACAGGCAGUGUGUGGUCAAAGGUCAUCCACAGUACAAAACAUCACACAGCCUCGAUCCCGGAUUGUGGGUGGCUCUCCUGCUCCUCCAGGCAGCUGGCCAUGGCUGGUUAACCUCCAGCUAGACGGUGGCCUGAUGUGCGGAGGGGUCCUGGUGGACAGCUCCUGGGUGGUCACUGCUGCUCAUUGUUUUGCCGGCAGCCGUAGUGAAAGCUACUGGACCGCUGUGGUGGGAGAGUUUGACAUCAGCAAGACUGACCCUGAUGAGCAGGUUCUCAAAGUGAACCGCAUUAUCCCUCAUCCAAAGUUCAACCCAAAGACGUUUAACAACGAUAUAGCCCUGGUGGAGCUGACAUCCCCAGUGGUCCUGUCUGACCGUGUCACACCAGUGUGUCUCCCCUCUGGCAUGGAGCCCCCUACUGGCAGUCCAUGCCUGGUGGCAGGCUGGGGCUCCCUCUAUGAGGACGGUCCUUCUGCUGAUGUGGUGAUGGAGGCCAAGGUGCCUCUGCUGCCUCAGAGCACCUGUAAGAGUGCCCUUGGCAAAGAAUUGGUCACCAAUACUAUGCUGUGUGCUGGCUAUCUCUCCGGAGGCAUAGAUUCCUGUCAGGGAGAUUCUGGAGGCCCCCUGAUCUACCAAGACCGAAUUUCAGGUCGGUUCCAGCUCUAUGGCAUUACCUCCUGGGGAGACGGCUGUGGGGAGAAGGGCAAACCUGGAGUCUACACACGGGUGUCUGCAUUCUCUGACUGGAUUCAGGCUGAGAUACAAAAGUCAUUUGGAAGCAGGGAGCCAACAUGCCCAGAGCUUCUAAAGACAACGGAAAUGACGGAGGAGGAACAGAGGUCGGAGUUCAGCUCCCUCUGUCGCUUCUAUACCCUGACCUGCCCCCCUGGUCAGUCUGCCAGCGCUUGCAGCCGAAUGGCAGAGGACAAGUGCCUAACCCGCUUCAAAAAAUGCCAGUUGCGUUCAUUCCUGCAGACUCUGUUGGACUUGCUUCAGAGGGCUGAGGACUACAUCAGGGAUAAAGUCGAUUUGACCUUUUUCACCCAGACUCUGCCUCAACUGGUGGAGCACAUCUACAGCACAGCUUUCACCCACACCAGAGAGCGGAGGGACCUGGGCCUGAGCCAUGGGCUCAUACAGAUUGAAGAACAGCUAGGUGGAGCUGUGGUGCCCACAGAGCAGGGUCCUUCUCCAGUUCCCCCAGCCUUAUUCAGAGAGGUGGGACCCUCAGUGGAUGACUGGGAGAAAUACCUGAGAAACAUGGCUGAGGACCUGGACAAACAGCACACUGACACAUCCACAGACUCCACACCAGCAAGACAAGAGGACAAUCUUUUCUUACAGACAGAGGACUCCUCAGUGCAUCAGCUGGAGGGAGAAUUUCGAUCUGUUAUCUCAGCUCUGCGUUCCAAAUUAGACUCCAGAGCUGCUCCCCCCAUCCUACACUUGGACACAGUCCAGGAGUCUCCCAGAAGUCCCCCUUUUCCUACUUCUUCCAGUGGAGCAGCAGUCCACACCGGCCUCUCCUCCACCUCUUCCCAGGAAUCCCAGCAGCCUUGGUCACUUCUAACAGCUCUGAUGAAGGAAAUUCAGAAAUUAAGGAGCCAAGAGGAUUCAGUGACAGAAGAUGAAAGCUCGUCCAACAGAGUCGCUUCUCCUGAUGCAAAUUGGAGCACCACGUCGGAGGAUUUCACUUUUUUUGAGAGUGGAGACAGAACAGAAUUAAAACCUUCAGCGUUACCGCUCCCAGUGCAGUCAACAACUGACGGUCAGCUGGUCACUGAGGGUGCUCACACAGAGACAACUGUACCUGCUGUAAAGACUUUAAGUCUUCACAGAAAAUACAGGAGCCUUCUUCGCAAGAGGCAGAUACCUGGGGCUAAUGGGAAAAUUUGUCCUGGAGUGAGAGAGUCCUCACAGCAAGUCAGCCAGGUCAGAGACUCUUACAGAUGGGUCUUAGGCAUCCCAAGCAAGAACCUACGCAUGAACUUCCAAGAGGUGUUAGUUGAUUUGAGCUCCAAAAAUGAUCGAGGACUUUACCAGGCGCGGGUCAGAGCCGUAGUGGGAGGACGACCUGUGACUUUCUACAGUCUCGUUGGCUUGGAGAAUGAGUCAUUCUACCGCAGUGUGCCAAGGAUAAUUGCUUUGGCACUGGAGGCACUCAAGACUUAACUUUAUCAUAACAGCAAGUGAGAAAAAUAAAAGAAAGAUUCAAAUGAGAGCUGCACAAAGACUCUCAAAGAGACCAGUUUGAACAGCUCUUCAUGGGACAGAGAGACGCACAUAAAACGCACACAAACUUCUCACAAACUUAACUUCUUCUGCCGUCUCCUAUGAAAAGCAUUAUUUUGUUUUCUCCAUCUGAGAGUCUGACUUUGGCUCUAAAUGAAAACACAGCCAUGAAUGUAUUCAUCCAACUAUUGGCCACCCAUCAUGCCACAGGAAUUUUUGUAUGUGGUUUGAGAUGCAGCCUUGUCUAACUUAUGAAUCUGUACAAAAUUAUAAGUUAUUCAUAUUGUCUUUUGCAAAGGUUGAGCCUCUUGUAAAGCUGACUGUAUAUAUUAUUCAUAUUCUUACCUUAUUCUUACCAUAUUUAUUUGUAUAG